UACAAGAAUGGCUAUAGAAGGUUCUGUACGUUUCUGCAUUAUUCUGUAGAGUUCUGGCGGUCGAUGAAAUAUAAAAACAAGAUUCUCGCGCUUUUCCUCUUCACUUCUUGCCUCUCCCAUUUUCUUCAUCACCACAUCCCAUAGGUUCGUCACUCGACAACCCAUUCGACUGCAUCCUUAGACUUUCUAUAGACACAUUUAUUCUUAACCAUGUCGUCGUCAAAAGCUAUUGGUAUUGAUCUGGGUACCACUUACUCUUGUGUCGGUGUCUGGCAGAACGAUCGUGUUGAGAUCAUCGCCAACGACCAAGGUAACCGGACGACACCCUCGUAUGUCUCCUUCUCCGACAAUGAGCGUCUCAUCGGCGAUGCCGCUAAGAAUCAAGUUGCCAUGAACCCUCACAACACUGUUUUCGAUGCCAAGCGUCUCAUUGGACGCAAGUUCCAAGACGCGGAAGUGCAGGCUGAUAUCAAGCAUUUCCCUUUCAAGGUGUUCGACAAGGGUGGCAAGCCGUACAUUCAGGUUGAAUACCGCGGUGAACAGAAGGAAUUUUCCCCUGAAGAAAUUUCAUCUAUGGUUCUUCUCAAGAUGAAGGAAACCGCCGAGUCGUACCUUGGCACUACCAUCAACAAUGCUGUCGUAACCGUCCCUGCCUACUUCAACGACUCCCAACGUCAAGCAACCAAGGAUGCUGGAACCAUCUCCGGUAUGAACGUCCUUCGUAUCAUUAACGAGCCAACGGCCGCCGCCAUUGCCUACGGUCUCGACAAGAAGGUGAACGGCGAGCGUAACGUUCUCAUUUUCGAUCUCGGUGGAGGAACUUUCGAUGUGUCUCUUCUGACCAUCGAAGAGGGUAUCUUCGAAGUUAAGGCAACCGCUGGUGAUACCCACUUGGGUGGUGAGGACUUCGACAACCGUCUUGUCAACCACUUCGUCCAGGAGUUCAAGCGAAAGAACAAGAAAGAUCUUUCCUCUAACCCUCGUGCCCUUCGUCGUCUCCGUACUGCUUGCGAACGUGCCAAGCGUACUCUCUCAUCCGCUGCACAGACCUCUAUCGAAAUCGACUCCCUAUUCGAGGGUAUCGACUUCUACACCUCCCUUACCCGUGCACGUUUCGAAGAACUGUGCCAGGACUUGUUCCGAAGCACCCUCGACCCCGUCGAGAAGGUUCUCCGCGAUUCCAAGAUCGACAAAUCCAACGUGCACGAGAUCGUCUUGGUCGGCGGUUCCACUCGUAUUCCUCGUAUCGUCAAGCUUGUGUCCGACUUCUUCAACGGCAAGGAGCCCAACAAGAGCAUCAACCCCGAUGAGGCUGUUGCCUACGGUGCUGCCGUGCAGGCCGCCAUUCUCUCCGGUGACACUUCGGAGAAGACCCAGGACCUCCUGCUUCUCGAUGUUGCCCCCUUGUCGCUUGGUAUCGAGACUGCUGGCGGUGUCAUGACUGCCCUCAUCAAGAGGAACACCACUGUUCCCACCAAGAAGUCCGAGACCUUCUCCACCUACGCUGACAACCAGCCUGGUGUGUUGAUCCAGGUGUUUGAAGGUGAACGUGCUCGCACCAAGGACAACAACUUGCUUGGUAAAUUCGAACUCUCCGGCAUUCCUCCCGCUCCUCGUGGUGUUCCUCAAAUUGAGGUCACCUUUGAUAUCGAUGCCAAUGGUAUCUUGAACGUUUCAGCAUCUGACAAGACCACCGGCAAAUCGAACCGUAUCACCAUCACCAACGACAAGGGCCGUCUGUCGAAAGAGGAAAUUGAGCGUAUGGUUAACGAGGCCGAGAAGUACAAGGCCGAGGACGAGGCAGCUGCCGCCCGUAUUGCCGCCAAGAAUGGCCUCGAGUCGUACGCAUACAACUUGCGUAACUCGAUGAAUGAGGAGAAGCUCGCCGACAAGUUUGAGGCUUCUGACAAGUCACGCCUGGAGACCGCUGUUAACGAGGCGAUCUCAUGGCUCGACAACUCCCAAGAGGCUUCCAAAGAGGAGUACGAGGAGAAGCAGAAAGAGCUUGAGGCUGUUGCCAAUCCUAUCAUGCAGAAACUCUACGGCGCUGCAGGAGGUGCUCCUGGCGGUGCUCCUGGCGGCUUCCCGGGUGGUGCUCCUGGUGGUUUCCCUGGCGGCGCGCACGAGGAGGGUCCCAGCGUGGAGGAAGUCGACUAAACGUGUCGAUGCUGCUGGACCUCUUCUCUUGCUUGCUCGUGUGUUUCUUUCGGACUGACGAUCUGUACGGCAAAAUUAUAAUGAUUGCAUUUCAUGUACGCUACGCCUAGAUAAAAAAAUCAUCAACCUGUAUUUUACGCUGCAAAUGAGUCUGAUGCCAA